AUGUCUUUUGACACGCUCAAACUCUCAACUACUGAGCGCCUGGUGGGCCGCUGUCUGAGGUAUCCGCCAACGUUUGCGAAUCCUGGCGGCCUCCCUAAGCCCAAACGGUUUCCAGUGGACCAGAUGCAGAGUUUUCGCGAUCAGGAAGCUGCUGUUUUCCAGGACCUCUUGUUUGUUUUGAUCGGGCUUGAAGGAUUUUAUAUACGGUAUGCGAACUCUUUUAGCAUCGAUGACAGCACUCUGCAGCGUCUGAUUGGCCCGGAUUUUUCAAUCAACAAGCACCUCGAUUUAGGACUCAAGGAUAUCGCCAAGAGAAUUAGCCGUUUGGGGAAAUACUACGUGAGUUUGGUGACGUUUGUGGAGCAGUACGACGAUCUAGAGCAUGGGACCGUUGUCCAGGCUUUAUGCUUUGAGAUCAGAGAGGUUCUGCGUGUAUAUGAGUCGAUCCUGGUCCAGAUAGAGCACGAGUUCCACCACAACGCAAACUACUCGGUUACACUGCUGGAGCAAGAUCUGACCGUCAAUACGACCCUCCAGUUGACCCAUUUGUACGAGCUGGUAAUGAAGAUUGUUCAGGAGAAUGAGAAACGCAAAGAUUCGUCCAACAUGAACAAGAUGCGGUUUGAAAGCAUGCUCAAAUCUCUCAAGGACGAUCAUUACACCGGAACUUUGGACGGAGUCACGUCGGACACCACCAACAGCAAAGUCGUGAAGGGUGGUUUGGUUUUGAGCUUCAUUCAGUCGGGAAUUGACAAACACAAGGGAGAUGCCGCAUCUUACCAGUUCAUGGUGGACUUAUUCAACAAGGUGUCUGUUGGCUAUGUUUCCAUGUUCAAUUGGUGGCUGGAAACGGGCACCAUCGAGGACCCCUAUGACGAGUUUCUAAUACACCAAAAUCUCGAAGGCUCUCGUGUAAGUGAGGACUACUGGGCUGAUAAAUUCACUAUUCGAAGCGAGGGACUGCUCAAGCAAUUUUAUCCUCCCAGUGUACAGAAAAAGGUCAUCCUCACAGGCAAGUAUUUGAAUGUGCUAAAGGAGUGCGGCGUUGACGUCGACAGAUUGGGGUCUAUUCAGCAUAUCAAGACUUUACAGGACAACGAUCUCUUCAUCCGGCUAGAUGAAGCGUACGCAAGAGCUAACAAGCUGAUAAUCGACUUGCUGUUCAAUGGAUACCACAUCCGGGAAUUCUUGGAGAGCUUGAACAAGUACUUCCUGCUCACAAAUAACAGCAAUUUCGAUGACUUCAUGACUGACAGUCUUUCUGAGCUGCGCAAGUCCAAAGAACACGCUUCCAUCAACACGCUUAGCAAGCUGUAUCUUUCAAGCUAUCAUAAAGACGACGUGAUACAAGAUCAUGCAAGUGCCAAGAGCCGACGCCUGAUUUUCAACCUUGCGACCCUGUCACUCACCAAAUAUACACUACUGGACGAACUGGUGAUGAUCUUGAGCGCUAAGACCACCAACUCCGAAAAGGUGUUUGCUUCAUCUGACUUGAACUCUCUCAAGAAUCUUCUCAACUCCACGCUCGAAGCCAACGAAAACAACGCAAAGACUAGCGUUUUGACAAACACCAAGCUUGAUCAAUACGCUGUGUUCAGCUUCUGUCUCGACCUCGAAGUGCCUUUUCCGCUAAAUCUGAUUAUCACCAAGUCGCAAAUGGUGGAGUACCAAUUCAUUUUUCGUAAUCUCUGUUACCUCAAGUUUGUGGAAAAGUGCUUAGAGAUCUCGUGGCGGGAAAUCACACACCAAAGAUUCUGGAAAUGGCAGUUCCGUGAUGAGAGAUUGCGCCGGUGGAUCAAGAAGGCCAGGGUUGUCCAUGCCAAGAUGCGGACGUUUGUGAACUUGUGCCUGUUCUACCUGAACUACGACGUGAUGCACGCGAAUUGGAAGAAAGUGGAGACUGUGCUGGAGAGUUUGAAGACCGACCCGAGUGUGGAACUGGAAACGGUGUUUUCGUCAAUCAAAUCCUUCCUUAGCACCAUUUUGUCUGAAUCCAUGCUGACCAAGAUCAGGCUCGCACAAAUAGUGAAUCAGCUAUUUGCAAUCAUUGUUCUGUAUCAUAAUUUCGUGAUGGCUUUAAGAAAAACGCUGAUUUUGAUGGACAAAGACCUCUUCACAGAAAACCAAUCAAAGCUGUCGCCGGGAACUACAUUCGAUCCCGAAAAGAAUGAAACCCGAAUGAGACGCUUGAUAGCCGGACUCAAGAGUUACGAAGAGAAAUACUACUCCAAAAUGAGCGACAUGAUGGAUGCACUAAAGUACUACGGUGAGAUAGAUUCUCCGUCGUUAUUACGUCUAUAUGAGGAGCUGGCGCUGUCUUUCAAGAUGGAGAUUUACUAAGGUUCCACUUUUCCAGAGCACUCUGCCAUCAUUUCCAAGACACUCUCGAUAUUUUCUUUGCGCAUUGCACAGCACGGAACAAUUUUCCAACGGCGUUGCUCCACAAACUCUUUGAGCUUCAAGAACUGGCGUUCUGCUCCGUCCAGAUCCGCUUUUGUGGCGACGAUUAGCACGUUUUUAGCUUCCAUUCGUUGAGGUCCCAUUUCCUGAAGCAGGACUUUCAAAUCUUCCACAGGAUUCUCGCUACCCAGAGAUAUCACGAAAACUAAGCCGCCCGAUCUCUCCACGUGUCGCAAGAAAGUCAGACCCAUGCCUCUAUUCUCGCUGGCACCCUUGACCACUCCAGGAAUAUCGGCCACUGUGAAAGACGGCUGAUCAAUUCGCAGCUGUAUCGUUCCAAUUGUAGGUUGCAGUGUGGUGAACUCCCAGUGACCCACACGUGGCCGAGCGUUAGAAAUGGCGCGCAAUAGCGUGGACUUUCCCGCAUUUGGCAGUCCGACCAGUCCAAGAUCUGCCAAUAGUUUGAGCUCAAAGAUGAAAUUCUGCUCCAAGCCUGAGCGCCCCAUUUUCGCAAACCGCGGGUUGCGAACGUUGGAAGUCAAAAAAUGCAUGUUUCCCAUUCCUCCCCGACCCCCUUUUAGAACGAGAAUCGGCUCUUUGGUUGGCUCUGCAAAAUCAAUGCCUUGGAUGGGAAACACGUCAUCCAUGAGCUCAUGAUAUCUUUGGUCUUCGUCAUAUAAUUUGACACGUUCAUUGAGGUCUACGAAAAAGUCGCGUUCCAUGUGAUACUGUUCGUCUUUUUCUUUGAAUAUCCAUCCCUUCCCCGGCUCAUAGCUGUCUCUGAAAAACUGGAUAUUUCUGGGAACUCUAUCGCGUCUCGAACCGGCGCUUGCCUUUACAUGGAACACCUGAUCGUUCUCUGAAUCUCUUAAUGAACGGAUUUCUUUGGGGUCUGCACACCACAUCAUGGUUGUCCCAACAGGAACUUGUAUAUACACGUCUUCUCCCCGUUUCCCAUCCAGUUGACCACUUUGGCCGUUUCCACCGUCUCCUGCAACAUAUUUGGCCUUGAUGCUGUGAAGUGAACUCAGGCCCUCAACGGCAGACACAUAGAUAUUGCCACCAUCUCCACCAUCUCCACCGUCAGGUGGGCCCACGGCAAUGCCCGUGUCUCGGAAAAACGAAACCGCUCCAUUUCCACCCUUUCCCGACCUCACCUUUACGACCUUCAGAUCUGCAAAGGACUGCGAAGAGUCGGCCUUGGGACGUUUACUGGACGGCAGUCUCGAAAACGGCGACGAUGCCACGAAAUAGUCGGAUGCGGGCACCGAAAGCGUAAAAAAUGAGGUUCCUGGCUGGCUAUGCGGAUCUGCUUUUUUCACCACAUUGACGUGUUUCCCACCGGGGAGCCUGAGUUUGAUGAAGUCUGGGUUUGUUUCGGACUCGAGCUCCGAAACUUGUCGUAUCUCGUAAGUUGAUUUAGGCAAUUCUGUGGGGCGUGAAGGUUUUGGAGUAAUCGAGAACCUAGCCAGUUUUUUGAGCCAAGCAGAGUUUUCUUCCAGCGUAGGCGCGUUGUCAGGCACUUUGAUGGCGCGCAAUCGCAGAGAUGUGGAAAAAUAUCGAACGUGACUGGCGAACAUGAAAAGGAAAUUUUUUUUGAUUUUUUAUUUUCAAAAAAUAAAUGC